AUGGGUACGGUUCUGUCGAUCUCACCUCGUCCGACGAAACCGUUCUACGACGACUACGCGUCGCUAAGUAACCACAACUACGAGACACUGAACAACAACAAGAACAAGGAGAAUGCGUCGAAGGGCAUCAAAAAGCAUUCUGUGUUCAUUAACACGCUCAGCUGGCGACGUCUGAGCAGCUUUAAGAAAGAGAAGUCGGCAUCGUCAACGUCUCUGUGUAAGAUCAACGCGUGUCAGCAACAGCAGCAACACAAUCAGAUCGGCCCGGCGAGGUUGGACAACAAUGACGGCAACGUCGUUGCCAAUAACAACGAGAACAACAAGAACAUCACGAACAACUUCUCAAAGUCUGUGUCGCUCUACAACCUCAAGUACCCCGUGCGAAGCUCCGACGUUGCCGACCACAAAAACAACAACCGCGUCGUCGCCGCAGCCGUCGAAAGGCCGACGACGAAGAAGACCGUCAUCCAAGCGUCGACGUCGGAACUGCUGCGAUGUCUCGGCGACUUUCUCACGCGACGCUGCUUUCGGUUGAAGGAUUUUGAGACAGGCGACGCCGUGAUGUGGCUGCGAAGCGUCGACCGGUCGCUGCUGCUGCAGGGCUGGCAAGACAUCGCCUUCAUCAACCCCGCCAACGUCGUGUUCGUCUACAUGCUCGUGCGAGAACUCGUCAGUGAGGACAUCAAUAACGAGCGGGAGCUACAGGCAGUAGUGCUCACCUGUCUCUACCUCUCCUACUCUUACAUGGGCAACGAGAUCUCUUAUCCGCUGAAGCCGUUCCUAGUGGACGACGAUAGAGAUCGGUUCUGGGAUCGGUGUCUGAUCGUGAUCAACGACCUGAGUUCGUACAUGCUGCGCAUCAAUGCAGAUCCUUCGUUCUUCACAGAGGUGUUCAGCGAGUUGAAAGACUGCGGCACGCUAGUGUAA